UUUCCACUAAAAUGAUGGUUUGCAAAUAUCAUAUCAGCGAAGGAAAAUAUAUGUAGCGCCAAAUAUUUUUUUUAUUCUAAUUUAUAACAUUAAUUAAAAUAAAUCUUAAACAUACCAGAAAGGAAAAGCGACAAUAUCGAAACGAACUAUCCUGACACCAUAAAAGUACAUUAAUGUUUGUCAUUUUUACGUUUUUUUUUUAUUUGUACACUAACGCCAUCUAUCCUUCCAGGUCACACACACAUGACUCGCUAACCGCAACAAUGGCCGACACGCAACACUUCUGUCUGCGGUGGAACAACUACCAGAGCAGCAUCACCAGCGCUUUCGAGAAUCUUAGAGACGAUGAGGACUUUGUUGACGUCACGCUGGCCUGUGAUGGGAAGAGUUUGAAGGCGCAUCGGGUAGUGCUCUCGGCUUGCAGCCCGUACUUUAGAGAACUAUUAAAAUCAACACCAUGCAAACACCCAGUGAUCGUCCUCCAAGACGUCGCAUUCACGGACCUCCACGCCCUCGUGGAGUUCAUCUACCACGGCGAGGUCAACGUGCACCAGCGGAGUCUCUCCUCCUUCCUGAAGACUGCUGAGGUCCUGCGGGUUUCCGGGCUUACACAGAACGAUGAUGCUCAGGGGCCCCUGGUGCAGAGCCUGGCGCGCGCCGCCGCCGCAGCCGCGUCCCCGCACACCCCGCCCCCGCACCCCGCGCACGCGCACCCCCACACCCCCUCCUACACCGACAAGCUCGAAGAAGCACUCCUGUCCCACCCACAGCACUCCAGCAUCCAGCAUAUGAUGCGCAGAGUCUCCCUCCCUCCCCGCCGCAUGUCCCGCUCCGCUGACAACUCCCCUGACGUCAUCAAACGCGCGCGUCACGACAACAACAAUGAAACACAGAUCCACGCAGCCGAUUUCUCUACUAAGAAUCACUCGAUCAUCAACAACACAAGAGCCCACGAGCCUGGGAACAACGGGAACGGGAUCUCGAACAGCAGCUCCUCGCCGUCGCCGAGACUUAUGGAUGAGGUUAAGAAUGAGCCUCUGGAUAUGAUAUGCGGCUCGAAUGCUGAUAUAGACCGGAGUACAGAUGAUACGCCGCCGCAUCACAGACCACUCGGAGGGGGCCCGCCGUCACGUGGUAGUUCAGCCGAAAAUGACGACCGCACACCACCGCCCCAGCUGCCACCAUCGCCAUUCAUACAACCGGCUGACACGAAACUAUUCGCGCCCUCUAACACUUACAACUUCAGUAUGGCGGCACUCACGGAACAUCCAUCAUUGCAAGGUCUGCAGAGUCCGCUGGCUCCUGACGGCAUGGCGAGCACUUCCCAAGCUGUACCGCCCCUCCGUAUGCCCCCGCCCACCGCCGGCGGGAUCAACGAGCCACAAGAGUGUCCGUACUGCCGCCGGACAUUCUCUUGUUACUAUUCCCUGAAGCGACACUUCCAAGACAAGCACGAGCAGUCCGACACCCUGUACGUGUGCGAGUUCUGCCACCGAAGGUACCGGACUAAGAACUCCCUGACGACGCACAAGAGUCUGCAGCACCGCGGCUCCAGCGGCAUGCUGAAGCGCCUGCUGAAGACCUCGGCGCUGCAGAGCGCGCUCGCGCCCUCCCCGCACCACCUGUUCGACUUGGGCGCCAGCGACCACGCGCCCCAGCUGCCCCCUGGUCUUCAAUGACCACAAACCAUGGCUUAAAUCGGUGGCUACUUCACCCUCGCACGACUGCGCUCGGGCGCGCCCGCUCGCAUUCGGCGCGAGGCCCAAUGGACGCGGAUACGAAAGGGAUAGCAUCAUGUGCAAUAUAACGGACAAUGCCAAAACAAUGCAGGACUUUGCCGCAUUAUUAAUUAUUCGUAUUAUAAUUAGUUAAAUAUUGACGUUAGUUUUAAAAUUACAUGAACAGUAUUGUCGCGCGGGCGCCGCACGAUGUGGGCGCCCUUGCUUAAAUGAAAGGCGAAGGGCGCCCACCUCGCGGGGCCUCGCUUAGUGUACGCUUCGACGAUCGAACUUCGCUUUGUGACAUUAUAAUGUAACAGAACUAAAGUUACUGGCAUUUUCGAGUGAAAAUGUUCAAACAGUGUUCAUAAUGACAAUGUAAUCCAGAGCAAUACUAAAGUAUUAAUAUUUCUAGUACUGCCAAAAUUAUGCCAACCGUAUUGUAAAAGAAGAACGUUUUUUUUUAAUCACUUUUCGAUUAAUGUUUAGUGUCAAAUUAGAAUCGCUAACUGUACAAAAAAGAACGUACAAAUUUUAAACCGUAAUUUUUAAAAUGCAAAGAAAAUAUUUUUUAAAGCGACUUUUUCGGAACGCCAAAAUCUAAAUUAAAAAAAAAUACAGAUUAUAUAGUAAUUAAUUAACCAAAAAAAAUUAGAUUAAAAAUGUUGAUGUUGAGUAAAAAAAACAAAGACUUCUUAGAAUCUGAUUUCGAAAGUACAAAAUUAAUGUCUAAUUGAAACAUAUGUGUAAUCUAUGUGCGUUUGGCUUCAAUUCUAAUGGUAUCAUCAAAGUAGCCGUGCCUUCGUUCUUCUUCAUGCCAUUAAGUAUUGGUGAAGGUUGCGAGGAGCGCGGCGUGGACUAUGUGGCGUGGCGAGUGCAGUUGGCGGACGAGCCGCCGCCGAGCUUACAGGGUUGCGAAGCACGCACGCCGCGAGAGGGUCUUCGAAAAGGUUCGGUUCGACGAUCGUAUACGUGUGCAUGAUUUCAAAUCAUGAUGUAAAAGUAAAGCGUUUCUUCUGUAAUAAAUUACGUAGUUUUAGGUAUUAAUAGAAUUAUAUUUAAUCUGUAUCCAAUUUCGGAUUUCUCUCUAUGAGUGUAUAGUGGUUCUUAUUUAAAUGUCGACCAACGUAGCGGACGUCUCGUUAUUGAAAAUUUAUUAGAUUAUUAUUAUUAUAUUAUUCUCAAAAAUCUUAGAAUAACCAUAAGAUGGCUGCAGAUUGUAAAAAAAAUAUUUUAUUUACUUAUUUAAUGAUAUUAUAGGAAAUUGCUUAGGAACCGUUUCGUCUGAAAUAAAAACAUAUCUGGUCAGGGUGUACAUUGACGAACGAUAAACCUAUCAGGAACUACUAACUCCCGACAUAUCACAAAAUAAUAUGUACGAAGACACCUCAAGGAAAAUAUAUAACACCGUGAUAUUUCACAAGCCAAAGAAAGGGGAUAUAAAUAUGCCAAUAUGCAUUUAUUUCCAGUAGAAUAAAACAUUCUGAAAAAUCUAAAGAAAAAAUAUGAAUAAAAUUAGCUAUCGUGCCAUAUCCAAAUUAUUGUUAAUCAGUAUCUUCUUCCGUGAUUAUACCUAUGAAUUUAAAAGCCGACAUAUCAGUCACUGAAAGUGAAUCGUCAGUAAAGAUCGCAGGAUCAUCAAUUUUCAAUCAAUGCACAUUUUCAUCUUCGUCAGUCGAAGAUUCUGCAUUUAUUUUUCCAAUUAUAGUAUAACUUUGAGUUAAGAAUUUUAAUUUUAGCUUUUGUAUUUUAUUUCCUUUUUCGGAAUGUUACAUAUUCGUACUUUGUGAUAUGAUUAUAUUUAAUGGAACGUUAUUUGGUAUUUAUCCAAAUACUUAGUUAUAACAUUUAAUUUUCGUAAUUUGAACCUCAGCUUAGAUAUUAAAGAAAAUAAAAGCAGGGUUCACCCGUUUCAGAAACAAUAAUUUUCUAAUUUUUUUGAGGUCAUCCCCAGCUUACAACGCAUAUACCUCCUUUUUCGUAAUACCUCAAGUAUAUUAUUUUGUUUUUAAUUUUUAUUUCAAUGUUACACAUACUGGCUGUAUAGGAGAGUAAUUUCGUUUUAAACGCGUUCAGUUCGGUUCGUUCGGACAAGAAUCAUUAGCCGAAGCUUAGAUGAGACAACAAGCGGGUAGUUUGAAUUGUAAAUAUUUAUAAGUUAGAAAUUACAUCGUAAAUCGUGGCAUCAUUUGGGAAUAGAAGCCUCGUGAUAUUAUUAACUAAAUGGUAAAAUAGAUAAAAUCAUUAACGGAAAGGAUUUUUAUAUAUUCUACUAAUGGAUUUAUUGAUAGUGAAACUUAGACGUAGUCUUUCCAUAACGUUUAGUGUUUGCGUUUGUUGUUUUCGCUGUGCAAUUAUUUCUUAUCGGUUUGGCUGUUUGUAAACUAGGUUGUUGACUUCGUUAUUUUUUGGUAGUUUCCCACCUAUUUGGAAUUUUUAAUUCGAAAUUUUGAUCUCAGUUGACAGCUGCGUACUACAUCAAUUUCGGAGACAGCCGUUUGUGAUUGUUAUUAGGUCUUAAAUGUGAAUUUGCGUUAAGUUUGGAUAUGUGUCGGUAAAAAACGGGACGGCAGCUUUGAAAUUCAAAACCAGAACUAAAACAAUAAAACAGCGAAACGAUGAAAACGUUUGAUAUUUUGCAAUGUAUACCAAAAUACUGCAUUUUUAAGUAUAUUAAGUCGAUAAGUGAGAAACUUUUCUAAUAAAAUAAAAUCGCCCUCUGAUUUUAACGAUAUAAUUUCGCAUUGCCAGUUGAGUUUUGUUAAGUUUACUAAUGAAAUAUAUAACCGACUGUGUUACUAAGUAGUGUAAUGCACAAAACAACAACAAGAUGCCUUCUUAACAGUACAACUAUUACAAUAGCCUACUAAGUAAAUAUGUAAGAAACCGUACUUGGGAUACUUUGUGGGGGCCGUCAUACUAAGCUCAGUAAAUGCUUUAUAUUCGCUCGGAGAAGAUCAAGCGCUUUUUUGACUUUUUUUUGAGUUUUCGUACCUCCUAAAAAUAUCAGAAUGCUCGAAUCUCCAGCUUAUGCGUAUAUUGGAAUCUGCAUUUAAUAAGGCUUUUAUCUCUUUGCUCAAUUUGACCAGUAGACUUUUAGUCUUAAACCGCCUGCAAAAAAACCCCCACAAACAAAUGAAAAGCUAAAGAAGUAUUUUUGUUUUCUUAGCGACGUAAUUAUAAACGAUAAAUAUUUAAAUAAUGCAACUUACGCUAAAAAUACAUUUAACGCAAAAAUGCAACUUAAAAUAAGAUUAAAAAUAUCAUUAAAAUAUUCAUAUCAGUAACAUACAAGUUCACAAACGGAUUCACAAAAUAACAGUUUUAGGAAUAUGUCUUAACGAUUUUAAGUAUUACCUCCAACUACUUAUAAUUUUAAUGUAUUACUUACAUUUAGCGUCUCCAGGACAAGUCAAUAUAUACGUGAUUUAUAUUUAUCUAAUACAAUAUAAUAUAUUGUAAAUGCCAAACUAAGUUAUAGCACUUGUUACAUAGUUUUUCCCAUACAUACAUUAUUUUUGUUGACCAUUUCCAUGUUUAAAAUGCAAUAGUAUAUCGUCUGUCUUUAAAGUACCUGGUCCAUAUUAUUUGUAUGGCCGGACUUCAGAGGUUAUUACAUUUAAAUCUUCACAGGAAACGUUGUCAAGUUUUUAUUUCACAAACUAUCAGAACAUAAACUAAUAAAUUAUAGUCAAAAAAGACUACCAACAAACCCCUUUUUUUGUAAACUCAAAAUGAAAAAAACUAAUUAAAAAUAUAUUGGUAUUAUUUUCGUGUAAUCGAAAACGUGACUCGUAGAAAGUGUCCUGCGAGGAGGUAGAUGUAAAAACCCCUUUAGAUACAGAUGACCCAGUACCUACAAUAGAUAAUAGAAAUAUUUCAGUUGCUCGGCCAGGGUAGUGGAAAUCAACAUGAGAAUAUACCGACUUCAUUGUUUUAUUCGAUACUUGCAUAAUAAUUAAUAAUGGGCAUUGGAUACCAACCCAAGCGGUAGUCGACUUUAAUCCAUCAUAUUGAUUUGAUUUUAAUUGUCAUGACAAUGCAUCUGCGUACUUAGGUAUUAGUGAGAGUGAGAUGUACUUAAGUAUCAGAUUAAUAUCAAAUCAGUGAGGUUAUUAAAAACCCAAUGCCUCUCUUCGCCGUAAGCGCAACAUCUGACAUACUACGUUUACAUUGUGUUAACUGAUGCAUUUGACAGACAUCUAUGUCUAGCUAUUAGGGCCGAUUUGCGAAAACAAAAUUUGUUAAAUUUAGAUAAAAUUUCAUGGGUUUGAGCUCCUCAUUCUGGGCGGGAUAAUUAACUACAACUUGUCCCGAUAAAAAAAAAAGAAAUUUGCCAUUAAGUUACGAAAAUAGGUACUAUAUUUUAUCGUAACUCACUGUAAGGUUUUUUAGGACAUUCUGUGAAAUUGUGCUUAUAUUGUACAGAAUAGGGAACUUUAUCUUUUCGCCAAAUUUUAUGAAAAUUUGACGAAAAAAAAUAAUUAAUAAACUAAAAAUCGACCGAUUAGAACAACAGCGUGGUAGAAUUUCGGGAGGUAGUAGUGAACUUAGUGUAAACAUGAUGGCUUAUAUUAAUUCUCAGAUUUUCUAAUAUGUUGCAAGGUUUUUGUCUUUGAUUGUUUCUCCAAAGUCGGUAUACUCUUGAAUCAAUAGCUUUAAUGUUAUAUCAGUAUCUUCCACUUUAUUAUAAUAAUACAGUUAAAGCAAUAGUUCCCAAUCUGCCAACGUAAGUACCUCAGUAAUUAUAGUUAUAUACUUUAUAUAAUCUAUUAAACAGUUACGCCAGCAGUCGUCGCCAUGUUUUCGAUAGUUUCAGUAUUAUUUUCAAGUUAUGUAUAUUAAGUUGGUCCUUCUCCUUAACUGAUCAGUUCAGGAGACCAAAAUGCACUCAAAAGCUAUAAAAAUUGGUCGUUUUUUAGUGUUUACACAAAUGAUCAUUUUUUGUUGCUUAGGGGUGUAGGCGGCGAUCUGCGGCUUCAGUGAAUAGCGACAUUAAAAUGUAGUUCCAUAAAUCAAAGUGCACUUACAACUUUUAUAUAAAUACCUUAUAAGUAUUAUAUACUAAGGAAUAGAUUCACAAACUCCCUUGCCGAGCAACCAUCGUUGAUUACCAGUCUUUUACAAUAUAUAAAUGUAUUUACAAUUUACACACUUAUGACAUACAAUAUACUCACAGUUAUUGCUAGAAGUAACUUUUUAUCUACAGAUAAAAUAAAGCUUGGUGAGAUUGAGUUAAAAAUUAUGGUCAGCGCCUUUGGAAUGUCAUAUGCUGGUUGUUUUCGUGUUCAAAAAUAAACUGCCAGUAUUUUUAAAAAAUCUGUUAAACCGCUUUAGGAACGAACGAUUAUGGAUAAGAAAAUCGCAUCUCUGAAGGUAGCGAGCCUGGUUUUUAACAGAAUAACACCUCUUGUUAUACUCGGGUGAACAUUUUAUACACAGAAAUAUUUUUUUAUGAGAUAACAAUUAUAUGUCAAAGUUAAUUAA